AUGUUCGACGUUAUCCUCCCUUCUGAGUCGGAAAGUUCAUCCCCUCAUUUUGAACAAGCCUUCUUGUCAUGGUCGAAGGCCAAUAAUCUCCAAAAUGAGGCGUCUCUUCGUUUGGAUGGAGAACAUCUGGACAUUCCCGGUGUUGUUGCUGUGGCCAGGCAGGGCAUCCGGGCAGAGGUGGACAUAGACAAAGGAAUCAAGGAGCGGGUGGACUCGGGGGUAGAAUGGCUUCGCGAUUACUUGGCUAAGGGUUAUCAAGUUUAUGGUGUGACUACAGGCUUCGGGGGAAGCGCUGAUUCUCGGACAGUAGAUUUCCAAGGGCUUCAGGCGGCGCUUCUGCAAUUGACGCAAACCGGAGUCCUCACCAGUGCAGACUUUCAUCCCCACAGAGCCAACUAUGACAUUGGGCUGCAUAGUAUGCCUGUGACCUGGGUGAGGGCGACGAUUCUCGUGCGAUGCAAUCAUCUCCUGCGCGGACACUCGGGCGUUCGCUACGAAAUCAUCCAGAGUAUGCUCAGAAUGCUAGAUCUCGGCAUGACCCCCAUCGUACCUCUCCGAGGCUCGAUCUCUGCCUCUGGGGACUUAAUGCCUCUAGCCUAUAUCGCGGGCAUCCUAGAAGGUAAUCCCGACAUCAAGGUGCUUUGGGAAAAGCACCAGCCAGAACCCAAGGUGAUCUCUGCCCAAGAAGCGCUCACCAUUGCUGAGCUGGAGCCCAUCAACCUAGGGCCCAAGGAAGGCCUCGGUUUGCUCAACGGUGCGGCAGUAUCAGUCGCAGUUGCUAGUCUGGCCAUCCACGAAGCCAAUCAACUGGCUAUUUUGGCGCAGAUCAUCACGGGCAUGUCGUGUGAAGCGCUCCUGGGCAACCAAGAGAACUACCACCACUUUGUCGCCUCCAUCCGACCUCAUAGCGGACAGAUAGAGAAGAAAGACCUCUAUCGUACAGGUGUGUUCCAAGAUCGCUACGCUCUUCGAGGUGCAUCGCAGUGGUUAGGCCCAGGGUUGGAGGAUCUGCUGCUGAGUAUGCACCAGCUCGGUACCGAACUGAAUUCGACCCAGGAUAACCCGGUCAUUGACACCCGGUGUGGAGAGGUGUACUCCGGCUGCAACUUCCAGGCAGCCUCCGUGACCACCGCAACAGAGAAGACGCGACAUGCUCUCCAGAUGAUCGGAAGAAUGCUCUUUAGCGUUUCAUCCGAGUUAAUUAACCCGGACCUGAAUCAGGGACUCCCCGCAAAUCUUGCCGCGGAUGACCCGAGCCUCUCGUUUACUAUGAAAGGCGUGGAUAUCAACAUGGCUGCGUACAUGUCGGAACUAGCUUACCUAGCGAACCCCGUUUCGUCACAUACCCAGACUGCUGAGAUGAACAACCAACCCAUCAACUCCCUCGCAUUAAUCUCUGCCAGAUAUACCAUGCAGGCGGUAGAUAUUGUUUCCUUGAUGUGCGCCGCCCACCUCUACGUUGUCUGUCAGGCCCUGGACCUAAGGGUCCUUCACUUAACAUUUCAAACGGCGGUUGACCGCAUUAUUGCGACCGUCACCAAGGAAACUUUGGAACGAAUGACCCAGGAGCAAUUGGAUUUGUUGCGUCAGAAGCUGUCCAAGUCUGCUCGCGAUUCGUGGGCCAGCUCUGCUCGGAAGGACCUACCGCUGCGUGUGCAACUCAUGUCCCAGUCACUGGUUCCUCCACUAUUGAAAACCAUCCGUGGAUAUGGAUUGAUUUCGAUCACCUCACAAGCGGAUCCCCUGGAACUUAUUGAUAAGCUAACCGAGAGAAUUUCCUCUGAGAGCAUGACCGCUUUCAAUCGUCUUCGUGCGGCCACGUCUGAGGAGAUGAAGACAGAAGCGUUCCUCGGGGACGCAGCCAAAGUGCUCUAUCGGUAUAUCAGAAUGCAGCUCAAAGUCCCCUUCCACACCGGUCUAGCAGAGCAUCCGACACUAAGGCAGGACCGGAAACUCUCUCAUGAACGAAAGACAAUUGGGUCGUGGAUUUCGAUCAUUUAUGCCGCUAUUAGAGAUGGCAGAAUUAUCACGCCAAUGAUGGAAUAUUUUCAGGGAGCUUAG